AUGGAGACAACCGAUACCACCGUAGACGCACCAAACCGAAAUGACGAAGAAGUUGUCAUCGUCAAUUUAGUCUCCCAUCCCCAGGGUUUGGAGAUACCCACCAUUCCAAGGCGCCAAUUUCUCCUCAGUAAUCGAACCCCAGUUGUCCGAAUCGGCCGAGCGUCGAAGGUACCUACGAAGGGAUUCGUGGCAGCAGCCGAUAACGCCUGGUUUGACAGUCCUGUUAUGUCACGACAACACGCUGAGCUCUUUCUCGCCUCCGAAAACGACUCCAAAGUUGUAUUUAUCAAAGACAUCGGAUCCCUUCACGGCACUUAUUAUACACCUUAUGACGGGAUGAGGAACGAAUCGAGACUAGAGCAAGGCAAACCUGUUCAGUUGUCAAAUGGUGAUACUAUUCGUUUCGGCGUCGACAUCUUCAGGACUUCUGAAACAUAUCCUCCCUGCUCUGUCGAAUUCUACAUGACAGGACCAGAGCCACCGUCGUACGUCCGGCGUUUCCCUGGUUUGACAGGACUAAUAUCCGACGACAGGCACAUAUCGAGUAUUGACCAGUCUACCAACCGAGUCUUUACUGUCCCAGAUGACGACGAUGACGAAGAAGACGAGGAUGAUGACAGUGUUGUCGAAACUACUAUACCAAUUUCGCAUAUUGCCGACAUUCAGCGAGGCGCUUCUAUUGAUUUGACCCAAGAUGAGCGUGAUUCUGUUAAUGGAAAUCAUUACCCUUCUAGCGCCACAGUUGGCAACGUCGUCAGUUCUGAUGUGAUUGAUCUAACAUCUGAGCCUGGUGAACAUUCGGACCCUGAACCAGACAGAGUGAGGACUCGUCACUCCUCUGUCUCUCUACCAGAAACUGUUCAACCCGUCCCCGCCCCAGCCACUAUCCUUGCUGCUAGCGGAUCAGACAUUCCGGCGGAGGCGGCUCCCUCACAAAAGAGCAUGGGCUUUAGUGGUGAACGUGACCACUCAUGGGCUCAAGAUCUUGACCCCCAUCUAUAUGAAGAUGACAUUCGACUUUCGGAUUCAGAUGAUGAGUCAGUCAACACCCGGAAUUCCGAUAUGGAUGAUGACGCGGGUGAGGAGAGCGAGGAUGUAGAUGAGGAUGAGGACAGGUCUAUAGAUUAUGGUCUCGACUCUAGCCCUUUCAAUUCUGACAGUGAGGAAGAAGACGCGGGUGAGUUACCUUUCUACGCUAUUCCAUACUGGCAGAAAAUUAACGAAGGGGACCUUGUUGUAGGCAUUGAUGACCUACCCUACCCAGACGAUGCCAGUUCAUCAAGUGACGAAGUAGAGGAUAUUCUUUCAGGUUCGAACUCGCCAGCACCUGAAUCAUCUCUCUACUCCUCUCCUAACGAACUUAAUCCCCCAACUUUGAACGGACUCUGCAAGGACACGCCAUCUGAGACCUCUGACCUUAAGCGACCUUUCGUCACGCCGUUCUUGUUUACAGCGCCUUUGCAAUAUGAUACACCAGCUAUUCAGGCCCAACCUAGAGAUCCCAGUCCUUCGGACGCUGCAAUGUUCAAGAGCUGCCCUGUCCUCGAUCGAUCGCCGAGCGAUUCCAGGGCCCAAGCCCUCGGCGAGAAAUCAGGUAAAUGGGAAUUCUUCGCUGCUAGAGAGAGCAACCGUACGAGCCUAACACAAUUUUCUCCGCCACCUAUCUCUGCGAUUCGAGAAACCUUAAGCGACAAUCCUGAGAAACCCGUUGCCCAUGACGAAGCAAAUCACCAUUCAGACGUCGAUAUGCAUAGACCUCAAGUAGAAGACGUCUCAAUGGCACCAGCUGAAGAGACCACCCAAAAUACCAGCGCAGCUCCCGGGAAUUCCGACAAUAUGCAUGACAAUGCUCCAACUGAUGUUCAAGACAACGCCUCCGUCGCAGAUUCAACGUGGCAUCCAAUUCCAGCCCCACCUUGUGAACCAUGGUCAGCCUCGGGAGAAAGAUUUAUUAACAACCCUCGUAGCGAGGAUCUUCCCUCUGCGUUUUUUGAUCGGGCCCAAAGCCCGGGAUUUGACAUGACUAGCGCAUACAGUUACCAACAAAGCAAGACGACAACAGAGAGCACCGUCGGCCAGCAACCUAAGCAGGUUAGAAUUGAAGAUUUACUUACACGAGAAUCGUGCGCCAUGCCACCACCUAUGGUGGUCCACUUUUCACAAGCCCCACCAAGCGAUGAGGGAAUCCCGUCUCCCGAUAAAGCUCGAGCAAAGCGCUCUUUUAUGGACGCCUUCAGCGACGAGAACGCCCCAACAGGAAGGGACGACGUCGUCGAAGAGUCUAAGCCCAACUCGGUAGACAAAUACCAACACGCCUCCACAGUUAAUAGUGAAUCGAAUGGCACACCCCACCCCAAGACCCAGCAACUAGGUCAUAUGGAGUCGAGACCGGCGUCUAUUCCUACGCGACCAUACGACUUUCAACCAUCGAAGAGGCGCCGUUUCGCCCAGGCGGCGGCUUGCGUGGCUCUCGGAGGUGCCGCGGCGUUCACCUUUAUGGUUUCGACCGCACCUGUACUCUAA